AGCACUGCACUUGCCCUGGCGGGUUCAUCAGGGAACGCAGCUGAACAGCUGGUGGCUAGUUGAGUUGCAGCGGUUGCACUUGUGCGUCGGAACAACAACAAAGAAGCGACUCGACCUCUCCCAGAUUGGAUUUGGAGCUGAUUUCCCCGCGUAUCGUGUGCUCGGCAAACCAUGUCUAAUGCUCCCCCAGUGGAGCGCUCCGGCGUCUUGAUCGUGUGGGACUUUGAUUGGUAAGCGAGAGCGAGAUCAAGUGGAGCAUGUCCCGCUUGCCGGUGUUCCAGAGGAUGCUCGACGCGGUGUGCCUCGCGGGGAGGGUAGGGGCGCAGCAGGCGGUGGUGUCAGACGCCAACACGGUGUUUAUCGAGGAGUUUCUCAAGCACCAUGGGAUCCGCGGUCUGAUCGGAAAGGGAAUCAGCACCAACAGUGGCGUUUUCACGGAGGACGGGCGGCUGGACGUGCAGCCCUACCACACCAACCAAGCGUCGCCUCACGGCUGCAGCUUGUGUCCUCCGAAUAUGUGCAAAGGAAGUAUUGUGGAAGGCUUGCUGGCGGCUCCGGAUGGAGGGGAGGACAGGGCGUUCGACAGGGUGAUCUAUAUCGGAGACGGUGGAGGAGACUACUGCCCGGCGUUGAGGCUGAGACCUGGGGAUUUGCUGCUGGCAAGGGAUGGGGGUGAGGGGGGGCGGAAGUUCGGGCUACGAGAACGCAUAGAGAAGGAGGAGGGUGGGCCGAUGGCCUGUCGGGUGGUACCCUGGCAGAAAGGAGAGGAUGUGUACUCGGCCUUCGAGAGCGAGCUAGUGGGGGGACGGGAAAUGGCGGCCUGA